AUGGGUAAAGGUAAUUUUGAUGAAAUUGGCUCAACCCGCGCAUCAAUCCGAUGGUAUUACUUUAUUGCGAUAUGCGCACAAAUUUUUGGAGUCACUGCUGUUAUUUUGAUUGGCGUUCUGCUCGGACAAUAUGCUGGUGGUUUCGGCUGGGGCUCGAACCUCGAUAAAUUAUUCAAUUAUCAUCCAUUGCUUAUGGUCCUUGGCAUGAUUCUUUUCUACGGUGAUGCUAUUUUGGUUUAUCGUGUGUUUCCUAAUGUGACAAAGAUUUGGAUCAAAAUUCUCCACGCAGUGCUAUUAGCCGCUUCAUUAAUCUUAUCCUCCAUUGGUUUGAAGGCCGUUUUUGAUAGUCAUAGUAAGGCUAAACCUCCACAGGAGGAUCUCGACUCUCUUCACUCAUGGGUUGGACUUGCUACUGUUGUUCUUUUUGGUUUACAAUGGGUGUGCGGCUUUGUUGCUUUUCUUUUUCCUAGAUUGAGUGAAAAAAUUCGUGUUGCUUAUCUGCCCAGUCAUAAAUUGUGGGGAAAGCUGAUUUUCAUUUUAGCAGUCGUAUCAGUUCUGAUGGGCACAGCUGAAGAAGGAAUAUUUAAAAACUACUCUUUCGAUAAAAACAUGCGUACUCAACGCAAUAUCUUGAACUUGUUUGGAAUAUGUGUACUCAUCUUUGCUGCUCUCGUUCUCUAUCUUGUCUCAAAUCCUGGAUUUCAACGGCCACCCGAUCAUACGGAUGCUUCCGAAAAUCAACCUCUGAUGAGUGAAUAA